CGUGAGAAAAGGGGAGAGAGUAGAGGGCUUGUACGAGUUGAUGACCGAACGUCAACGAAUCGGAUGUAGUUAGCGUGCCAAGGCCCUUUAGGCUUGCGCCUCCGGGCGAAAUAAAUUCCAACCAACCAUACGUUCUGCAAGAUGGCCCGCCGGACGCUCCGUAAGCCAACGCCAGCGCGGGUCGCGACGGCGCAGGCGCGAGCGACCCUGCCGUCCAUCACGGUACUUCCGAUAUCUUUGGGUGAUCUGUGGAGUGCUAGCCCCUUUUUUGCAUUGUGUUGCCGAAUGUUGCUUUAUAGGUUAUCCCAGCAGCCAAUGCCCAAAUCAACAAUGAUAGUCAUCGAGACAGCAUUGUCAUAUCACGCAAUGACAACGUUGACAGAGAGUGGAUCGACGAUAAACCGUGCCGACCAGACCAAGCGCAGCUCUACCCGGAACCAUAGGCGCAGUACUCGCGGCGGACCUGGCUCUGCCUGUGGGAACACCCUGCGACCCGGGGCCUGCGCCAGAGGCGGCAUUUGAUCCAGAGCUGUCCCCUCCAUCUCCCGCAGCGGAAGUCGGCUCCGGUGACUGCGCAUACCAGUUGUUCGCAGAGCAGUAGCUGUCGUAGACAAACUCGGCUCUGGCAAUAAUAUUCUCGUUC